CUUGAAAGAUUUAGAGAAAAUUACCCCAACUAUGAGAGAGGAAGUGGAAGAUUUGGGUACAGGGAGGAGACAGGGAAAUCUGAUCAACAAGUGGAGGAAGAGAGGAGAGGGAUGGCAGAUCUAAAGCUUCCUUCAAGCUCCAAGGAAGAAUCUGUGAAGAGGAUGGAAGAGGAUCAGAGGGCUAGAGAUCUCGAAGGCAAAGAGGAUGUGGUGAUGCCUUCUCCCUCUUUCGAUCAGAUCCAACAACACCAGUGGUUUGGGGCUCUCAUGGCCUAGAUGGCCCAACAAAAGAUGGAAAGCUCGUCUGGGGGUGGAAUUGUUUUCCCCCCGGAAGCAGUAGAAUUAACCUGUCUGAUGAGACUAAGAAAUAGCUUGCAUGAGGGAAAGAUCCCAUGGAAAAAAGUGAAGCUAUCAUAGAUGUGGGAAUAUGCAAGGGCAGAAAGGAUGGUUUCAGAACAACAGGUUUGGCCAGAGGGAGAGCUUGGAUCAAAACAAAGCUGGUGGGAACUUUAGAGUGUUGUGCAACAAGUGCAAGGACACCAGACAUCUGAUUAGAGAUUGCAAGUUGCCCAAUUUUAUCAUUUGUGGCAAGAACUCUCACAUCACUGAGGAAUGUGCUUGGCUGAAGCAAAUCAAGCCAACCCCCAAAUUUAUUGGAUAUGCAGCUAGAGGUUUAGGAGCGCUGUUGGUUCAAAAUUCUAAAGAAGUUGUUAGUAGUGAACAGACUAACCCUAUGGCCAUUGUGAACAUAUCUUCUGGGGAGAUUAAUGAAACUCAAUUCUUGGAGGGGUUCAACUACUUGUUUAGCUGAAACUGGCAAUGGAGAUGCAAAAAACAUGGAGACAAAGCUUACUUGAUGAGAUUUCCUAGCAAGAGCAAACUGGCAGAACUUCACAAAUUUGGAAAUUUCAAUUUGCUGGGGACCAAUGCUGUGAUUAAUGUGGACAACUAGACUUAUGACACUCAAGCUAUUGGCAAAUUGCACACAGUGUGGGUGCAGUUUGGGAAAAUCCCUGAAUGUUUCAGACAUUUUUUUGGAAUGUGUGAGGUGGCUGCUUCUCUUGUUCCUGUUUUGGAAAUUGAUAUGUCCACUAUUCUGAAAGAGAUAAUCAGGGCUAAAGUGGGAGUCAGAGACUUUGGAAAAAUCCCCCAUCAUACUGAGAUUACUGACAAGGACCUGAUCAUAUAUAGAAUCAACAUUGAGUUGGAAGAGGUGAUCGAACAAGGGUGGUAUGAAGAAAAAAGAAAGUUUGAGAACAUGGAAACUGAACUUGAUGGAACAACUAUGGGAGGUCAGAAAAAAAUCAAGAUUGGUGAGUUGGGAGCUGAUGGGAUCAAGGAAAACAUCUCCAUGGGAAGUGUAGGACUCAAAAAAUUUGAGGAGAUGCAACAAAAAAAUGAGGAGAUAUUGAAGAUGCGGAAAGAUUACUUGCUAGAGGUGGGCUUGAGAAAGAAAGUAGAGGUGGAGCUGGAUAAAGUUCUCAAAAAGUUUCAAGAAGUUGAAGAAAUCAAGUGCAGGAAUGAUGCUUGGAAAGCUGUGGACAAAAAAAAGACUGCUAUUUGGGAAACUGAGAAGAGGAGUCUGCAGGAUAUGAUCCAAGGUCAGCAAGAGUUGAUAAACAAGUGCAGGGAAAAAAUUGAUGCUUGGAAAGAGAAAGAGAUCUAUGGAGAAGAUUUAGGUGAGAAAAAUGAGAUGGAAUCUAAAAUAUCCCAGGAUAACACACCUGAAGAUGCUUAUGUAGAACCUGUGAAUUACUCAGCUAGUCAAGAUUCAGUGGAAUCUCUAGGCACAAAAUUAGGAAUUCACAAGAAGGAGGAGGGAGACAAGGAUAAAUAUAAAGAGGGACCUGCUAGAAGAAGUGAUAGAAACCUGGAUAAAAAAGAUGCUAAAAUAGAAGACCUGGCCAAGGAAAGGGCGGCUGAAAAAGACAAUUAUGAAAAGGUGCCCAGGGGAAAGAAUGUUGAUGCUGGGAGAAAAACUCAUCAUGCAAGUAGCAAGUGAUGUCUACAAGGCUGGCAUUUUGGAGUACUUCGAAUCUAGCAAUGACGGGG